GGGGGUGAUCCGCGUCUCCGACGAGUGAGAACUCUUGAAGAGAGACCGAGUCAUUCAUGUAGCUUGCCCUCUCGGUGGGGCUCAGAGGGGAGAGGCCGUCUCCCCAAGACGUUUCCUGCUGUACCUCUCUGGACGACGACAGCUUCAGCGAUGUCCGCGGGUCUGGCGAGCGGGCGGCCCGCAAACUUCGGCCACCCGCCGGGCUGCCCAGCGCCCAGCAGCAGCCUGUCGGCUUCGGGCUCGUCUCUGUGCAGCAUGGCCAGCGUGCCGGGCAGCUACUUGCCCACGAAGGAGCCCACCAACCCCGUCUCCUUCCAGAUACAGGUCGGACUGGCCCGCGAGAACGUGACCAUGGAUGCCGCAGAGACCAGCCUGGCCGCGCUCAAGGAGCUCGCCUGCUCCGUGGUCGACCAGAAGUUCCCGGAGUGCGGCUUCUACGGCAUGUACGAGAAGAUCCUGCUCUUCCGCCAUGACCCGCAGUCUGAGAACGUCCUGCAGCUGCUAACGUCGGCGGAGAGCGUCAAGGAGGGCGACCUCAUCGAGGUGGUCCUGUCCAGAUCGGCGACUUUGGAGGACAUCCAGAUCCGGCAGCAUGCUCUCUUCGUGCACUCGUACAAGUCGCCCACGUUCUGCGACCACUGUGGGGAGAUGCUGUUUGGCCUUGUGCGGCAGGGCCUCAAGUGCGAGGGCUGUGGACUCAACUACCACAAGCGCUGCGCGUUCAAGAUCCCCAACAACUGCAGCGGCAUGCGCAAGCGACGGCAGUCCACGCACUCGACAGGAAGCUCCGACGACUCGUGCUCCCUGCGCUCGGACAGCAUGCCGCUGGCGUGGCGCGACAAGCGCACGGCCUCGUGGAGCGGACGCCCCGUGUGGGUGGACCGCGCCGUGGCAGGCAAGGUGAAGGUGCCGCACACGUUCGUCACCCACUCCUACAAGCUCCCCACCAUGUGCCAGCACUGCCGUCGCCUGCUCAAAGGCAUCUUCCGCCAGGGGCUGCAAUGCAGGGACUGCAAGUUUAACUGUCACAAUCGCUGUGCCGCCAAGGUGCCCAAGGAGUGCAUUGGCGAAACACUUUUCAACGGAGGAGAGAGCGACGUGGUGAUGGAGGAGAACAGCGACGACGGCAGCGGGAGGAGCAGCGAGCCCGACCCGCAGGGCGACGUCGACAUGCCAGAAGACGCCGACCCGGACAUGUUCCCUGACCGCCCAAUCGGGCAAACUGCAAGCAACAUCCCGCUGAUGCGCGUGAUUCAGUCGGUGCGACAGACGAAACGGCGAUCAAGCACCGUGCUGCGCGAGGGUUGGAUGGUUCACUUCACCAACAAGGACAACCUCAGGAAGAGGCACUAUUGGCGCUUGGACUGCAAGUGCAUCACUCUCUUCCAAUCGGACACGGGCAGCAAGUACUACAAGGAAAUCCCACUGUCGGAGGUCCUGCGCGUGGAGGCUGCCCACAGCUUCACCAUGCUGGGCCCGCAGAGCCGCCCCCACUGCUUCGAGCUCAUCACCUCCACCAUGGAAUACUACGUGGGCGAGAACCUGGGCCUUGCCGCCAAGGUGGAGUCGGGUGCCGACGGCGACGCAAAGGCCGUGAUGCGGCCCAAGGAAGGGGGUGGCCGCGGUGGCUCGAGCCGCGACUACAGCCUGCUCAACUCGGGCCUCGGCGCCGAGGUGGCGCACGCGUGGGAAAUGGCCAUCCGGCACGCCCUCAUGCCCGUCAUGCCACAGCAGACGGCCAACGCCUCUUCCGCCACGGGCGCCAAAUCACACGCGGAGGUGUGCGUGAGCUUCUCCAUGUCCAACUGCAAGAUCCAGGAGAACGUGGACAUCAGCAGUAUUUACCAGAUCUUCCCCAACGAGGUGCUGGGCUCGGGCCAGUUCGGAGUGGUGUAUGGAGGGAAGCACCGUAAGACUGGGCGCGAUGUGGCCAUCAAGGUGAUCGACAAGCUUCGCUUCCCCACCAACGAGGAUAGCCAGCUGCGUAACGAGGUGGCCAUACUGCAGAGCCUGCAGCACCCGGGCGUGGUGUACCUGCAGAGCAUGUUCGAGACGGCGGAGCGUGUCUUUGUGGUCAUGGAGAAGCUGCACGGGGACAUGCUCGAGAUGAUCCUGUCCAGCGAACGUGGCCGGUUGCCCGAGCGCAUUACCAAGUACUUCAUCUCACAGAUCCUCAUGGCGCUGCGCCACCUGCACUUCAAGAACAUCGUGCACUGCGACCUGAAGCCCGAGAACGUGCUGCUCGCCUCCUCGGAGCCCUUCCCGCAGGUGAAGCUGUGCGACUUCGGCUUCGCGCGCAUCAUCGGCGAGAAGUCGUUCCGCCGCUCCGUGGUGGGCACGCCGGCCUACCUGGCGCCCGAGGUGAUCCGCAGCAAGCAGGGCUACAACCGCUCGCUCGACAUGUGGUCGGUGGGCGUCAUCAUCUACGUGAGCCUCAGCGGCACCUUCCCCUUCAACGAGGACGAGGACAUCAACGAGCAGAUCCAGAACGCCGCUUUCAUGUUCCCGGCCAACCCGUGGAAGGAGAACUCGCCCGAUGCCAUCGACUUGAUUUCACACCUGCUGCAGGUGAACACAAGGCAGCGCUUCAGUGUGGACAAAUCGCUCAGCCAUCCGUGGCUGCAGGACUUCCAAACGUGGCUGGACCUGCGAACGUUGGAGACGCGCCUGGGCACGCGCUACCUGACGCACGAGAGCGACGAUGCACGCUGGAUGCAGUUUGCGCGCACGAGCAAGACUUGCGUGCCCGCGCACCUUGUGCCCGAGCGGCAGCCCGAUGUUAUCGACUCCGACGCGGAGGACGGCGAGUCGCAGCGCAUAACGCGCCUCUAACCACCCACGCGCCCACCCACCCGCUCACUCAACCGCUCGCCCCGCUGGCACGCGAGAAAUGGCAGCGUGGACAUUGGCCCUGCACAUCGGUGCGUUUGCAGGAUGUCUGCCUGCCUUGCCUGCCAUUUGAAAGUUGGGCAGGACCUGCAGCUGCUUGCACGAACAAAGGAAUGAACUGCGACUUUAUCGCUCUGGCAGGGCGCAAGAGACAUUGCAACAAACCUUUCACUCGAUGGUUUAUUCUUGAGUAUAUUUGCUUUUUUUUUUACAGUAUGUUUGUUUUCAGAUUACAACCGAAGCAAUCAAAAGAUGAAUAAAAUAAUGUGGACAUUUUACAUUUUGUUUCAUUUGAGGAGUAGCAAUUCGACCCAAUGGUCACUUCACCUUUGGGUUGUGUUCACGUGGGCUUGAUUACGGGUGUCGGCGAUGGUCUUAAUGAGUCGUCAGCGCUGCACAGUCGUACGGAGGGAAACGCAGCUGCCACCAACACAUUUCACCGCCAGUCCCGUCCACAGUGAAUGAGAUCGUCCAAAUCAAAGGUUAGCUCACAUCCCUUUGAAUGGACUCAGAGAUUAGUUGGGAUUGGGAUUGUCGAGGAAGACCCUUGGACCAAGCCGAGUAUUUGGUGGAAAACUGAAAUGGAGAAUGGAAGCAAGCAGUGGAGAUGGAUGGAGGAGGGACAUUUAAGAAAUGCAGCAGUCAGCGCUUGACUCUGCACCAUAUCGUCUGUCCGCACAUAUGGAGUGCUUAUUUUUUCGUAGUUCGAGGAUCAAAUUAUUUUCAACGGGAAUGCAGAAGCAUUUAUCCCCAGGCUGCUGCAAGUAAUUAUUUUUGGCACAUCAUUCUAGGGUUGGUUCACAGAUAAAUUCCCACGCAACAAUGAGACUGUGCAUUAAACCAGAUUUUAUUAGGCUACCAUUUCUCACUUGUGACUGUGAUUAUUGUCAGCAUUGAGGUAGCAAGCACCAGGAUGGCCGCCACAACAAAUGCUUGCCAUCGUUUAGUUAGGCUAUUUAGGCUAUUGAGAUUGUAAAGUCAAUAUGCCGAGUCUCCCAGUGACCUUUAUUUAGAACUAUGUGAGUGUCCAAUGAGACCCAAAAAGCAGUGACAGAGACAAUAUCGGAUGAAACUCUACUGUACAAAGUUAAGUGCAGAUAUAAAAUCAAAACAAGGCGAGUCUUGGCGGAUGGCCAGAUGGCUUGUUGCGUGUGUGUUUGGUGUUGCUCAUGCAAGAGUGUAUCCCACACAUCAGUGACAUGCAUGCUUUCUCUCACGACUUCUUCCUCACGUGUCCCCAUGCCUGUCAACCCCUUAUCAGUGCCUACCUUAAUCCAGACCAAUUUAGAUCUUAUUGGUCACCCCGUGCCCUUAUGAAUCUCAACGUUCAUCCUACAAAGUCCCAUCACAAGGGAGAAACACAAACAAAUAGACAAAGGAUGUGGUUUGCUCGUAUUGAAACGGCUGUAUGCUGUAUGGACCUGAAAACUCCAUUUAUCUGUACAAAAAUACGGGUAAACCGUAUGGGUUGACAGCGCUUUGUUUCCAACUCGUGGAGUUUGCCCAUUCACUAAUUUUUUAAUGUAAUUUUGCUUUACUUUGCAAAUUCUAAACUGCUAUUUUAAAGCAUUUUAUACUGUAUAUAUUUUUAAAACGUUUACAUUGUAAUGUUUUUUAUUAAGAACAUAUUUGGUACUUAAUCUAUUCUGAUAAGUAAGUACAGGGAUGUAUAGAGGUUGAAUAUGUUUUUCUUAAAAUUUUUCAAAUUACGUGAAAUUAAGCAGGCAACAUAACGCAUUAAAUGGUAGAAUGGCAGGAGACAACGCAUUUCUUCCAUUGCCAAAACCAAAAAAAUAUUAAAUGAUUCAUUGGUGGUGUGUGUGCGUUUUUAUACUGUCAAGCAUAUGGCUGAACUGAACUUUAAAAAAAAUGGACAUGUGCAUCGACUCAGCACGAAUCCACUCAGUGAACCAGUGACAACCACCAGCACCUUGAGGCUCCACGUGAUGGAACUCUGGGCACUCUUCAGUGACUGAUGAGCAACGCGAGCAAACUGCUGCAUCACUGUUAUCCGUGUAACUUCUCUAACAAAACUGUAAUGGAGGAUUGCAUUGUGGUGUACUGUGUAUGCAGUAUAUACACAUGCUAUAGUCUAGGAGUAUGUGUAAUUGCAAGCCAUGGUGCCUCGGAAUGGUCAGCAUUAUGAUAGGACCACAGGGACACCCAAUAGUUAAUUCGGGUCACGGGUAGAGAGGGUUUCGGAGUUGAACGUGCUACCGCCUGCCAAUGCUGACCGAGGGAUGGCCGAGUUAGUCUGUGUGUACAGGCGGUGAAGGGAUGACGCUUUACAGGCGGUUUUGAAGGUGCACGCCUCUGUGCGGCCGUUUAUUUGUGUAUACUUGUAAUGGUUUAACACAUUUUUACGUUCGAUUAUGAAUACCGCUGAAGAUGUAUGUUACAUUGUAAGUUUGUGUAUAAUUAUUGAGGGUGAACUUACAUGGUUGUUUCCUUAAAAAAACAUUGAUAAAAAGCUGAUCGUUGACAGCUCAUAUCUUUUCAUUAUUGUAAGGGAUGGUUUGUAUAUGUUCAAAUUCUCUUGGGAAUUGUGAUUUCGUAAUUUUAUUGACGCUCACUUUCAUGUUGCAAAGAUCUGUACACCAGCUGUUGCAAAAGGGCUUUUUAAUGCAAGCAGGGAAGGCCAUUUCAGUUGCGUGCAUAGCAUCCAUAAAUGACAUGCUGCAUUCAAAACAGAGAUGUAGCCUAUACAGUUGUUAACUUGAUGGAUGUGCCAAAUGUAGACUUUGGUAGUACUGACGAGCUGGGCAUGUUGCAUAAAACACAAAAAUGUACAGCCCCUUUGUCAGGCCACUGCUUGAUAAGGGGGCUUUAACGAUAUUUACCACGCUGCUACGUGUCUGUUGAAGGGAUUGGCACAAAACCGAUCCAGCUAUCACUCGCCACUGAUAUUCGCUCUGGCCAGGAAUCAUACUCAGGUGGCAGGAUGCACAGCGCAGUGCACGGAUCGGUGCCACAGUUCCCACCCCCAAGGGCAUGCCCUUAAGUGGUUUAAUGUAACUGACUGCUGGUUUACACACACACAUACGGCAGUUGCAUGUCAUGUUUAUCAUGAGUCACCCUGGGUUCCAUUUAAAACACAAAACUGUUGUAAAUAAUUGCAUAUUCACACAAGUAGUGUAGUAACGUGAGAAAUGUAGAUAACUUAUAAGAACUGCACACGGAAAAAUACCAUUAAGUGUAUUUUGCUACCAGCUCUUUUUUUAAAUCCAGAACAUGCUGUAUCUAAUUAGAUUGUGGCUACUCGUAGAAUGGCCGGUGGUUUAACUGAACACACGUUGACAGUCGAGCUUUAAAUAAAAAAAACAAUAAGGGGGUCAGUGAAUUGUCUUUUGC